UCUUCCAUUUCCAUGCAUUUUCUGUUUUCACACACAAUUUAUUCAUAUAUAAUCUACAAACGCCAUGGCUUCUCCUAACUUGCAUUCGAAUCCCAUUCGUAAACUCCAUCGUAUCUCUGCGAUUCUCAGCUUGGUUACCGGCGUGUCGUUGUCGUUGAUUUCCCGUCAUGAGUCAAGAAAUGGGCAGUAAGUUAGAGGCGGGGCCUUAUGUUGCAGCUCCACCCCCGGUUGGGUAUCCGGUGAGAGACGGCCCAGAGUACCCUCACCAAACUUCUACGCCACAGACGCAGUCUAGGGGAGAUGGGUUCUGGAAAGGAUGCUGUGCUGCGUUGUGUUGCUGCUGGGUGUUGGACUGUGUGUUCUAAGAGUGACGGGGUUGGCUAUUGGAUGAGACCCAUUUAUUUAUUUUUUGUUAUUCUUUUAUUACAUACGCUUUCUUGUUAUUCUGUAUUAUUCUAUUUUCUGUGUAUUAAUAAAUAAAUUUUGUUAUAUAAUUCAGUUCA